UCCAUCACUUCCUGCCGGCGGCUCCACGAGGAGCACUCCGCUGUCCCCAGCUGUCCCCAGCUGUCCCCGGCAGCUCUGGGACCCGGGGCGGCAAUGGCCAGCCUGGCCGCCCAGGACUCCUACCUGCAGGGCUUGGCCAGGAGGGCCGGCGUGCAGCACGCCCCGGAGUCUCGGAAGAGGAAAUUGGUGUCUAAGCCAGGCCAGCCCGAGGAUGCUGGCAGACAGGUCAAAAAACAGAAGAAAAAGAAGCCCAGGAAGCAAACUGAGAAGAAGAAUGCUCCUUCAGCCAAACAGGUGGUUUCUAACAGCAGUAAACCCACUCCAGGACAGAAAGCAGCCCCUCAAGCCAGCAAAUCAUCUCCACAGGGUGGCACACAGAACAGAAAGGAGAGUUUGGCUACAGGAAGUAAAAGUGAACUGAGUUCCCCUUCUGUUUCUGCAAUCAGUCUGUUGCGUCAGAGACUCCACGAGAAGAUUAAAAAGGCUUCUGGACAGGAUAAUGCCAAGGAGUUAACCCCUGCAGUGCUGGAGAAGAGGCAGCGGAGGAAGUAUGAGAGGGAGAGAAAGAAACGCCGACGGAAGGAGUUGAAGAUGAAGGCAAAAAUGGAGAAGAAAGAGACUGAGGAGGUACCAGCUGAGCCAGAAAACAAAAAGGAGGAGAGCAAAACUGACAUUGUCUUCAAUAGGGUUAAAGUUCAUGAAGAGAACGAGUUAAACAAGGUCCAGAAGAAGAAAGAGAAGAGGAAAGCGGUGAAAGGCAAUAUCACUCCUCUGACAGGCAAGAACUACAAGCAGCUGCUGAGCAGGCUGGAGACCAGGAAGAAUAAACUGGAGGAGCUCAAGGAGAAGGACGAGAAGAAAGCUCAGGAGCUGGAGACCAAGAUAAAAUGGACAAAUGCCCUCUAUAAGGCAGAAGGGGUGAAGAUCCGUGACGACGAGGAGCGUCUGAAGGAGGCCCUGAAGCGCAAGGAGAAGCGGAGAGCGCAGCGCAAGAGGCAGUGGGAGGAACGCACUGUGAGGGUGGUGGAGAAGAUGCAGCAGCGGCAGGACAAGCGCAAGAAGAACAUCCAGAAGAAGAAGAAGGAGAGGAUAGAGAAGAAGAAAGCCAGGGCUCGGAAGAAGGGCCGAGUUCUGCCAGAGGACUUGAAAAAAGCUGGGUUAAAGUGAGAGCGAGGCAGCUCUGCUGGCAUUGGGGUUCCAGGGUCUGUCACACAGGGUGUGUGUGAGAUUCCCAGCCUCAUCGUGCUAAAAAAAACAGUUGUAUGUUUGUUAAUAAAGUUUUCUAUCCUAAAGAAA